UUUGAUCUCGCGUCCCUGUCGACCUCGACGAUCUUGAAAUAUUUGCAAACAUAUAACCUGGCUCCAGCGGUCCAGCCUUCACCAUUGUCCGCGCAACAUCCUAGCUCGCCAACCACUGCCCUCUUGAAGCCUCCGGGAAGUCAAAGUCGUUCAAGAGCUCAAGGCCAAGGGAAAUACUGGGAAGACGACAUGAGGAAGAGCGUAGGCCCUAACGGCAUAACUGCAAAUGGCCAAUAUCAUAAUAAUUCCGCACUCGGUCUAUCGUCCACUUCUCUAGGUCCUCCCGUUGCAAAUGACACCACGGCCUUGUAUGACAUUGAGGAAGCGAGAAUGGCACUUAUCCGAAUAGCCCAGGCCCACUGGGAUUCAAAUAAUCUAGGAUAUGGACCAACAUAUACAAGCACUCCGGCCAGGAUAAACGAACGAGAA